AUGCAAACUCCGAAACCACAGGCCACAGCCUCCUCAGCGGUUCCUCAUCGCCAACUCCAUCCUCAUCCCACCGACAGACGCAAUGGUGCUAACUUUCCGAAGUACACCAUAGCUACAUCGCCGUUGAGCAAGGAGAUACCUCAGCCCUCACCCGAGUCCCAUCGUCCAAGUUUACGUGCGAGAGAUUCUGUGACAUCAAGAGCCAGCAGUGUGCCCUCCACCCCACUCGACGACAUUCCGAGGCCUCUUUGGGACCGGACUUUUAUUCGUACCGCAAUCACCCCAGAAGCAACCAAUCCUGACCUCUCCAUUGAAGAGAUUACUUCGACCAAGCUUUCACUCGACGAUGAAGAGUUCUUAACCAGCUUGCCAAACAGUGAAAAUAACAAGCAGGCGAAACUUGGAAGAUCUUGCGGAAGAAAAGGCAUCAUGGAUCUUUUCGAAGACAAUUCAGGCCGGUGGAAGAAGAUGAGAAGGACUAUGAGAAAGAUACCCAACGAUCUCUUCGCCCGGAAGAGCCGACCGUCCACUCCCGCCACUGGCCAGAUAUCUCUCGACCGUCCUACUACGAAUGAAUCGGUGUUGCCGGAAGCAGAUCUCCUUACCGAAGCCUUUGUGCCACAGCCAGCGAAAUCGGUGGACAAAGGCCUUGAGGAAAAGACUGUUGAACCCCUUGUGCAGUUGGACUAUGAUGGUAAGCCAAAGGAGGCAAUUUCUCGCUCUGAGGAGAUAAUCCAAAUCUCGAGUAGGAUUCGCGAAGAGCUGAAGGAUAGCAGUAGGGUGCAGUCUGGAGCAGGGAACUCAAUGCAACCGCCGGCACAUUUUAAAGGACCCUUCCUUAACUGCACAGCUCACAAGUCUUCGUCCAAGGGACGCAUUGCUGAGAAACGUUGCUAUGUUCAACCCGCUCUCCCUCCCAAUUUUCCGCCACCUCGUCCUCGGCUCACAGACUUAAGAACAACUUCUGGCAGCGGCAGCGGCAGCGGCGAGGAAGCGCGACAUUAUACUUUCAGCACACAUAGGGCGAGCAGACCGAGCUCGUCGAAUGUUUCAGUUGGCCAGAAGUCAGCACAGACUAUCGGUCGAACCUCCCGCCCAAGCUCGAGGCCAGGUACCACUUCUGAAUCUAACCAGUCCAUCAGCGGUAUAACCGCUGUACAGAGACCACUCGUAUUCAUGGACGGAGAGGUCGCCCCUUCUGAAAUACUCUGGGACCACGGUCCUGUGACGCAGCGUCCGUCCACCUCAUCCACAACUCGUCCUGCCUCAAAUGCUGGUUCUCGUACGAUCACCCAGAACGGUGCCGAGCCUUGGACUGCACUCUCGCCUGAGAUCGAGAUCGGUAGAGACAUUCCCAACUGGAUAAAGAUUCCAAUAUUUGUUCCGAGACGCAUUGAAGCCAAGGAGACUUGCAGAGCGGCGAAACUGCACGGUUCUGCCCGCGGCGCAGCUCCACUGAGCCCUGCUGCCGAGGAGGACAACGUCAAGGGUUUUCAAGCUGAACUCAAUCUUUCUGACACUGCAAUAUCGGACUUUUCAUUUGGAUCUUUGCAGGUGCAAACCUCAAACCAGUCGUUCCUCGAGAGGCAAGCUAUGCUGCUAAAUUGGGAAAACGAAACUUCGCCGCGACCAUCGACCAGUGGCAGGGAGAGGCUGUCCCAGGUCUUUGCUAGUGCUUGGCAAGAAGGAAGCAGCAAGUUAAGACGUAAGGGAUCGAAAGCGACUGAUGUCUAGAAGUUCGACACCAUGUUCAACUACGCUGCAAGCACAGCAAACGCAACGUCUCUUUGAGAGGGUGGGAAGACGAUGGUUGUUAAUAAAGUGAGCUGCGACAACCUUGGCUUGGACAGAUUUUGCAUUGCACAACGAGAUAUCACACUGUUUGGUAGCACAACGCAACAUGUACGAGUAUCAACAGCACUUCGCUCUCGGUUGAGCGGGAACCCUGCUUGAUAUAGUCGACUUUGGCUAAUCAAAAUGCAUCGCACUGAACCGGGGUCUCUAGUUUGAACAAUGCUGGAUAGCAAC